GGCGCAGAUGCUCCAGUAGUGCGAUUCACUAACUUUUAACAACGCUACUUGCCGAGUUGUAAACUAACAAUUUUAGUUGUUUGCAGUAACGAUUGUACGAUUAACUAACGUACCCAUUAACAACACUAAGCAGCUGACUUUUGAUUUUUAUUUAAAAUGAUAAGAAGUGGCACCUCUGUCAUCCGAAAUGUCAAAAUCUACGAAAAUCACAAAAGGGAACAGGAAGAAAAUAAAGCAAUUUACACAGAUUCUUCUUAAAAUGAUGGCCUCGACUAGCCAAGCAGCCAACAAGCGGAGCCGAGCUUCAAUGGAGCAGUUAAGUGGCAUGCUGGACUUCUUCUGGGAAAACCCGGGACUAGCCGGUGGGAAGUUUCAUCGGCUUCACGGGAAGAUGGAGCACGAGAAGAAGUGGGAGGAGAUGGCUUCCAAGCUAAAUUCCAUCGGAGGCGCUCAAAAGUCUGCCGAACAGUGGCGUACAGUAAGUAAUAAGCCCAUUAAGUUUGAACGUACCAGCAAGCAAUGGUGCUGUGCGUAUGAACUGGUGAAUAGGGAAAAAUUUAUAAUUUUUAUUAAGGUAUGGCGCGAUUUGAAGAGCCAGUGUUCGAGUGCGCGACAGGAAAAGGCAGCAGGCGUUAACCGGCAACAAGCCCGUUAA